UCACAGCAGUGCGGGACUCCAGCCUAUCGCCUCGGAACACUGAAGGCAAUGGUCGUGGUUGGAGUCCUGCUUCACGAGGGACACUUUUACACUGUUCCAAGCAAGACUAGGCGCCGUGGCUGACAUGAACCACAACCCAUUGGCGCUGGCCGUGGAUUAAAUCGGAAAGUUUUUGCGAUGGAGGCGGGAAAGUAGCGCAGGAAGCAGCACGCUAACCACCGUCACCAGCGGACCUUGUACUGACUGCACUGCAGCGCACACUCGGCUCCUGCUGAAAAAAAUAUGUUCCAGCCGAGCUGCAGCCCCGGCUUCGCUCACAAAUUCCCCGUCUUUUAAGGCAGUUGUGCGAGACACUCGCUGGUUUUAUUCCCGGUCCCCAAUUCUCACCUGGGAACUUCGCCGUCCAAGUCUUCCACUCACCUGCGAGAGAGAGAAUGGCUGAGAAGCUGACAACCGCGCCAGGCACGGGAAUACUGCUGGUGACCGCCAACGUUGGAUCCCUGUUCGAGGAUCCUGAACAUCUACAGAAAACAUGGCUGAAGGAGUUAUACCAGACAGUUCAGUCACAUAAGCCUCAUUUCUUAGCUCUGCACUGUCAAGAAGUGGGUGGGAAGAAUUACGAGGAGUCCAUGUCACACGUGGAUAGUUUUGUCAAAGAGCUAUUGUCCAGUGAUGCCAUGAAGGAGUACAGCAGAGCCCGUGUCUACCUCGAUGAGAACUACAAGUCCCAGGAACAUUUUACUGCUCUGGGAAGUUUCUACUUCAUUCAUGAAUCUUUGAAAAAUGUCCAACAGUUUGAUUUCAAAGCAAAGAAAUUCCGGAAGGUGAUCGGGAAGGAAACCUGCUCCGAGACACUAGAAUGCACACCCAUGCUGGAGAAGGAGAAGUUUCCUCAAGACUACUUUCCUGAGUGCAAGUGGUCCCGAAAGGGAUUCAUCAGAACUCGAUGGGCACUGCCUGACUGUUGUUUUGACCUGGUAAACAUCCACCUAUUCCACGAUGCAUCCAACCUGGUGGCCUGGGAGAAGAGUCCCUCCAUCUACUCGGGAACCAGGCAGAAGGCGUUGGGCUAUGUUUUAGACAGGAUCACGGACCAGCGGUAUGAAAAGGUGCCAUAUUUUGUCUUUGGGGAUUUUAACUUCAGGUUGGACUCAAAGCAAGUUAUCGAGAGUCUCUGCUCCACCACCACCAUGCAGACUGUCCGAAGCACGGACACCAAUGAAGUCAACAAGCUCAUAUUCAGAGAAAGUGAUAAUGACAGAAAGGUUGUUCUUCAGCUGGAAAAGAAGCUUUUUAGUUAUGUCAACCAAGACGUUUUCCGGGAAAACAAUGGGACCUUGCUUUUAGAGUUUGACAAAGAGCUGUCAGUGUUCAAGGAUCGGCUGCAUGAAUUGGAAAUUUCAUUCCCACCCAGCUACCCGUACAGUGAAGACAGCAAUCAGGGGAAGCAGUACAUGAACACCAGAUGCCCCGCCUGGUGUGACCGAAUCCUCAUGUCUUCAUCUGCCAGAGACAUGGUUUUAAAGCCAGAAAACGAGGAGAGGUCUCUAAUCUAUGACAACGUUGGGCCAAAUGUCUGCAUGGGCGACCACAAGCCUGUCUUCCUGUCCUUCCGAAUAACAGCGGGGGCAGGUAAACCUAAUGCAAAUAAGCACAAGUGUUGUGUGGUGCAGUGAUGUCGUGGGAAUUGUUUCCAAAGGGGGGAGAAUAUAUUCUGUGAAGCGCCUCUGUGAGAACACAAGGAGAGAGAGAGAGACACACACACACACACACACACACACACACACACACACACACACACUUUCCACAAGCAUACACUGAAGAAGAAGAACCAAUACAAACUUUCCAGCAGUGCUGACUUGUCCUCUUCACACUUCAUUCAAUUGAAACCUCCCCCUUUUUUCCCCUUCCUCUCCAUAAAACACUUGUUGAAAUGUGGACCAGCACCCGAGAGCGAGGGCCCGGCUCCAGACAAGACACACAUCGCUGACCUCACCGUUGCCAUGCAACCCCCAGCACCCCCCCUUUCCCUAACCCCUGCAUUAGGGGAAAGAAAAAAAGAAGAUGAGGAUGGACGCUGGAUGGGCCUUGAAACUCUAAAUCUUCACACAAAUAUCAGUCCUGCUACACAAACUUGUUGUGUGCACACAUGUAAGUGUUUUAAAGACAAAUACGUGCAAUGCAAAAUAAGAUGUGUGUCUAUAUCGUUAGUUAUUUGUACAGUAUCACUUUAGAGUUGUUACUGCUUCUACAACAAGUCUCACAAUAUCUUUAUAUGAAUAUAUAUAUAUAUAUAUAUAUAUAUAUAUAUAUAUAUAUAUAUAUAUAUAUAUGUACACAUGCAUGUAUAAAUAUACAAAUAUAUACAUAUAUAUAUAUAUAUACAGUGUACAUACAUGUAUAAAUAUAUAUAUGUAUGUAUAUAUGCAUACAUCUAUAAAUAUACAAAUAUAUACAUAUAUGUAUAUAUAUACAUGUAUAAAUAUACAUAAAUAUAUGUAUGUAUACAUAUAUAUGUAUAUAUAUAUAUAUAUAUAUUUAAUUAUGUGUGUGUGUAUAUAUAUAUACAUACACACAAAUGUAUAAACAUAUAUGUAUAAUAUAUGUAUGUAUUUACACGUGUGUAUAUAUAUGUAUGUAUGUAUAUAUAUAUAUGUGUAUGCAUUUGUAUAUUAAUAUAUAUAUAUAUAUAUAUAUAUAUAUUAUAUAUAGGUAUAUAUAUAUAUAUAUAUAUAUAUAGGUAUGUAUGUAUACGUGUGUGUGUGACUUUUUUGUUUUUGUUUGCCUGACACAUCAGUCUCAUUUUAUUUUCUAUACUUUUUAAAGAGAUAAGUUGUCUUUCUCCUUACCAAAUGCUGUUUGGGAGAAUUAUCGCCUGUCCAAGAAUGUUUUAAGCCGUGCCAUAGAACCACGAAAAGUGUAUAAGAUCAUAUAGAGCAAUCUCACGUUAUCACAUUGUUAUUCUUAACUCUAACUUAUUUCUAUAUUUCUGAAUGUAAUAUUUUAGGUAGGCGUGGGUAUCCUUUAGAAAAGAAAUCAUUUUUGUUGCCAAUUUUGUUACUGCAAUAUGGUGCCAAGUAUACAGAAAUGAAGUGUAAAAAUGAUAUGUUUAAAAAAAAAACUCUAAAUAAGAAUCUGCUUUUAUUUGCGUUCCAUGUAGCCUGCAACAACAACAGAGUAUUUGUACAUGAUUGUUUUGUUGUUCUGGAUGAUGGACUUUAUUACACUACCUGCGUUCACUUGUCAGAUUGUUUCACAAAUCACUACUCAAGGAUUUUAUGUUUUUUGUUUUUUUUGUGAUUGGAAAUGUUAAAGGUGGGAGUAAAAACAUACUUGUUUUUUCUUCCUGCUGCUCAUCUUGAGCUGACUUUAGGAUAUAAGACGCAGUUUUCCUUCACUCCUUCUGAAAAGCAAAUAGAGAUUUGAUUCCUUAGCCCUGUGGAUGGCCUGCAUGGCCUCUAUAAGUGAUGCAGUUGUCAAGCAAUAAACAACAUUAGAGAUAUUCA